AUGAACGUACCAGGUAGCAACGACUCGCUACCCAUUCUGAUCUUAAGAUGCAGACAGCCCUCUGCCAUUAUAGCAUGUCAGAGAAGACUCCAUGAAGACGAUGCCGACAGUGAAGCCUACAGCCGGAAAUUGGAACAUAUCCACACUCAAUGGGAAAAAACAAGAGUUGAUGAGGCCGCAAGGUACCAACUCGACAUAGCUGGACUCUCGUCAACGAAGCGCCGAGGCUUUGGAAUUCCGAACUUCUGUUGGUGGAAGCUGUUCUACUCAGAUGUUGGUGUCACGAUGCUCAGGCCGGUGUUGGUGUUCUGGUAG